AUGCGCUCCGCGAUCUGCGGUCCUUGGCACUCCCGCGCGCUCCUCCGCACCUGCACGCCCGCGAACGACCUCGCGCGACCCCACGGGACCUCGGGGCUUCCACUGCGCCGGACGCUCACGGACGGGCCGCGUGGGCCUGUGCGGCGCUGCCGCGGCCAGCCUCCCUCCCCAGCCAGCAACCGCCCCACCACGAUCGCAAUGGUCGCGCGCGGCGACAUUGUCGAGUUUCGUUCGCUGGACAAAAUCCUCGUGAAACGGGACGGAAAGGUGACCGAGGUGCCCGCGAGCGACGUCAUCUCGAACCGCACCGUGGUGUGGUACUUCUCCGCGCACUGGUGCCCGCCGUGCCGCGCCUUCACGCCGCGCUUCGCACAACUGUACGCGGAGCUGCGCGCCCGGCACGGCGACGCGUUCGAGGUCGUCUUCGUCUCCUCAGAUCGAUCCGCGGCGGAGUUCGAGUCGUACUACGCGGAGAUGCCCUGGGCGGCGGUGCCGUGGUCGGACCAGUUCGCGCGACAGUCAUUGAGCCGCAUGUGGCGCGUGGCGGGCAUUCCGACCGCGGCGGUCGUGACGCCCGACAACGCCUCGAAGAAGCACCGCGUCGGCAACACGAACGCGCGCGCAGCGAUCGCCCGGGACGUCGGAUCCGGCGAGCGAUACCCGUGGACGUCCGACGCCGACCAGCCGGGCACGGCGGGGCUGCUGGGUGCCGCGGGGUGGCUCGUCGCGGGCGUCUUGCUCUGGCUGCUCAUACGCGCGCUGCUGUGA